AUGGCUCAAAUUUCCGUGCGAAGCUCGGAAGAAGACAUCAAGAAAAUCCAAGGACCAACAAUGACCAUCACCGUCGGGGCCUCAAAGGAACCUUUUCAUGUUCAUGAAGCGGUCAUCUGCACUUCCUCUCUGUUUUUCAAAAAGGCUAUGUCCGGAUCGUGGAAAGAAUCUAAGGAGCACACUCUUGAGCUCCCGGAAGAUGACCCCCAGAUAUUUUCUCUAUAUUCACACUGGCUUUACUUUGGCAAAAUCCCCGUGAUCCCUAAAGAAAAGAGCCAGUCCAAGGAAUACCAUGAUCUCGUCGAGGCAUAUGUGCUCGGUGACAAGUUGCUCGAUGCCAAGUUCCAGAAUUCGGCCAUCGACGCAAUUGUUGAAAAAUGCUCUGAGCCUGAUGCACAAGAUGGAAAGCGCUGGUACCCCGGUGUAGACGCGAUCACCCAUGCAUACAAGCGUACGGUCAAGUCUGCUACAAUUCGCAGUCUGUUUGUGGAUAUGUAUGUGGAUACUGCGACAGACAAAUGGCUCAACAGAGAAUUUCCAAAGGAAUUUCUCUAUUCGGUGGUUGAAGGUCUCAUGAAGAAGAAAAAAAACUCAGAAACUAAGCAAAUCAAAGCAUCCGAGUAUUACGUGCACCCCUCUGAAAAUUGA